GGCGCAGGCGCAUUGAGGAGACAGCUCAGGAAGAGGAAAAUGGAAUAAACAAUCCCGCCGUUGCCGCUGCCUCCGGGACCCUUCAGCGCCUGACGGAAGGCCCCGAUUCCCCCCCUCUUCCUCACGGCUCUCUAUUAGCCUCUUCUCCCCCGCCGGGCUCGCUUGACCCCUUUAAGAGAAGCACAAGCGCCCUCCCCCUUUCCUCCCUUGUCCUCCCUCGUUCCCGGAACUCCGGCAGUGACAGCGGCGGCCGUGGGACGGCUGCUGCGCCCGCUCCCCGCCUGCCUCCCAUGGUGCGGCGGUGGCCGGCAGCGGCCGUGCCUUCUGAGGCGGCCUCGCUGCUGCUGCUGCUGCUGUAGCAGCCGUCGCCGCCAUGAACAGUGGCGGCCUCCCCUGCUCUUCUCCGGUGGCUCCCGCCGCGGCGGUAGUAGGGCCGCCCCCCCGGGCCGGGAGUUCCGGCGGCGUGGCGGCGGUCCCCGGCGGGCUGAAGCUCAAGUUCUGCCGCUACUACGCCAAGGACAAGACGUGCUUUUACGGCGAGGAAUGCCAGUUUCUACACGAGGAGCCCGGCGGAGCUUCCGCCGCCUGUCCCGGCCCUCCGCCGCCGGUCGCCCUCGGUGGGCUUCCGCUUGGGCUCCCUCCUGGCCCCGCUGCUCCUUCCGUCGCCGUGGCCGCCUCGCCGGGGCACGGCGGUAGCGCUGGCUAUCCGGGACACGGGGUAGCGGCGCCUGGAGCGGGGCCUAAGAAACCCCCCGAGCUGCUGGGAGGAGGCGGAGGAGCAGGCGGCGGCGGCGGGCUGGACGGACCCCGGCUGGCCAUUCCGGGUAUAGAUGGGAGUGCCCUGGCUGAAGCUAGUCUUACAGACUCCUAUUUCAGCACCAGUUUUGUUGGAGUCAAUGGGUUUGGAAGUCCUGCAGAAUCAAAGUAUCCUAUGAUGCAGAGGAUGACAAAUAGCAGCAGUUCACCUAGCCUUCUUAAUGACAGUGCCAAGCCAUAUGCAGGCCACGAUCCUCUUACUUCACCUAGUUCAUCCUUGUUUAAUGAUUUUGCUGCCCUCAGCUUAUCUCAAAGAAGAAAACCAAGAAAGUAUCGACUGGGGAUGCUGGAAGAGAGGAUAGUUCCGGUGGGAUCAAAGGCACGGAAAUCAAAGAACACUAUUGGCUGCUUGGCUGACAGGUGUAAAACAGGAGUACCCAUCAAUAUGGUUUGGUGGAACAGAGUCACAGAAAACAAUUUACAGACGCCAAAUCCCACUGCAAGUGAGUUUAUUCCUAAAGGAGGAUCAAACUCCCGACUUGGUAAUAUGUCACACUCAAAUAUAUCUGCCUUCUCUCAAGCCUUGUUCUCUCAUCCUUCCAUGGGAAAUCCUGCAAAUCCUGGGUUAGCUCCAGGAAUGUCACUGUCAGCAGGAUCUUCACCCCUUCAUUCUCCUAAAAUCACGCCUCACACAUCUCCUGCUCCUAGACGAAGAAGUCACACACCAAACCCAGCAAAUUAUAUGGUGCCUACUAGUGCCUCUACUCCAGUUACUAAUGCUGUCUCACAGCCCCCCACAACUGGCCAAGUGAUUCAGAAAGAAACUGUGGGUGGAACAACCUAUUUCUAUACUGACACAACUCCAGCACCUCUAACUGGAAUGGUAUUCCCAAAUUAUCACAUUUACCCUCCAACCGCACCUCACGUUGCUUAUAUGCAACCAAAAGCUAAUGCACCUUCCUUCUUCAUGGCUGAUGAACUCAGACAGGAGCUGAUCAACAGACACUUAAUUACAAUGGCUCAGAUAGAUCAAGCAGAUAUGCCUGCUGUCCCAACAGAAGUUGACAGCUACCACAGCCUUUUCCCUUUAGAACCACUGCCACCACCCAAUCGGAUACAGAAAACAAGCAACUUUGGGUACAUAACAUCAUGCUACAAAGCUGUAAAUAGCAAAGAUGAUCUGCCAUAUUGCCUUCGGAGGAUACAUGGUUUUCGUCUUGUUAAUACAAAAUGCAUGGUAUUAGUUGACAUGUGGAAAAAAAUCCAGCAUUCAAAUAUCAUAACAUUGCGAGAAGUAUUCACCACUAAAGCAUUUGGAGAGCAUUCUCUUGUGUUUGCAUAUGAUUUCCAUGCUGGAGGAGAGACUAUGAUGAGCAGGCAUUUCAAUGAUCCCAGUGCUGAUGGCUACUUCACAAAACGGAAGUGGGGUCAGCAUGAUGGACCUCUGCCCCGACAACAUGCAGGGUUGCUGCCCGAGUCCCUGAUUUGGGCCUAUAUUGUGCAGCUUAGCUCGGCAUUGCGGACUAUUCAUACAGCAGGAUUGGCCUGUCGAGUAAUGGAUCCCACAAAGAUUCUGGUGACAGGCAAAACAAGGUUGAGAGUAAAUUGCGUUGGAGUCUUUGAUGUAUUAACAUUUGAUAACAGCCAAAAUAAUCCUUUGGCUCUAAUGGCCCAAUAUCAGCAAGCAGAUUUGAUCUCUCUUGGGAAGGUUGUGCUGGCUUUGGCUUGCAAUUCUUUGGCAGGAAUUCAGAGAGAGAAUUUGCAGAAAGCAAUGGAACUGGUGACAAUCAACUAUUCCUCUGAUUUGAAGAAUCUUAUUUUAUAUUUGCUGACUGACCAAAACAGGCUUCGAAGUGUAAAUGAUAUAAUGCCUAUGAUUGGAGCAAGAUUCUAUACUCAGUUGGAUGCUGCCCAAAUGAGGAAUGAUGUUAUAGAAGAAGAUCUUGCAAAGGAAGUUCAGAAUGGAAGAUUAUUUCGUCUUCUUGCAAAAUUGGGAACAAUCAAUGAAAGACCAGAGUUCCAGAAGGAUCCGACAUGGUCAGAAACUGGAGACAGGUAUCUCCUGAAGCUUUUUAGGGAUCAUCUUUUCCAUCAGGUGACAGAAGCGGGUACUCCUUGGAUUGAUCUCAGUCACAUUAUCUCUUGUCUUAACAAGUUAGAUGCUGGUGUGCCAGAAAAAAUAAGCCUCAUUUCCAGAGAUGAGAAGAGUGUCCUUGUGGUGGCAUACAGCGACCUAAAACGCUGCUUUGAAAAUACUUUUCAGGAACUGAUUGCAGCCACAAAUGGCCAGUUGUAGUGUUUGCAGGAAAGCAUGCAGGACAUUGCUGAUGAACAGAACCAAGCGCAAAUUGCACUACAACAGAUUGUCAUCAUCUCAUUUCACAUUUUGGGAAACAAAACACCAUGAGAUGGUGCACUUCGGUCAGGUACACUGUUACUUGAAGGGAAGAAUGUUUUUGCUUACCCUGGAGCUCUGGCUGCCAUUGGAGGCUUUAUCUGUGAAGAAUUUAUUUUAAAGGAGCACAUCAAGAGCAUGAUGUUCCUGCUUUUAUUUUUUUUUCCCCACUUGUAUAUGCACUAAUUUUAAUUUUUAAAGACUUUUCUGAUCCCUGAUGUUUUGCCACAUUGGAUCUUACUAAGGGAAUCUCUUUGCAAAGACAUUUCUGGGAUUUUUUUUUUUUUUUUUUGCCACUGAAUAUACUGCAAUCUUUUGGUUUUGAUAUUAUUUGCACUCCAAAAUACUAUAAAGGACCAGAUAAAUAAUUUCAUAGAAAUUGUGUUCUGUAAAUUACAGUGUAGCUUGUAACCUCUGUAAAACUGUAUAACAUGCCAUCCACUGUUUGAUUAAUUAAUCAAACAAGAAGAUGAGUAUUUAAAGACAAAAAAAAAAAAUCAAGUAAAAUAUCUCAGAAACAUCAUAUACAAAAUCCCUUUUAUUUGGCUGAAGCUUUGUCAAAGCGAAACAGCACCAUUUUGAGUUGUGUACUGUACUUUCUGGGGUAAACCCGAUUUGUUCUAAACACAACCAGCGCCUUUUAAAUAAAAUACCUGUUUCUAUAUUUUCCUGCUAAUCAGAUACAUUUACAUUUAUGCAAUUUUUAAUAGACUUUUUAAAAAAAAAUAAUUGUUGCAGUCCUGAGAGUUCAGGAAUGUAUUCCUUUAAGUUACCUAUAGUAUCCUUCUUUUGUAUAAAGUUCUGUUCUUUGAACCACAGCUUUAUUAUGGUACUUUACACUGGAUACAGAUACAGAGACACUGUUCAGAAGAUUAAGUACACACAGCAGUUGUCUGGCAUCGAAAGCUUUUGAAGUGUUAUAGUCUGAUUCUGGAGGAAUGACGGUCUGCUGUGCCUUUGCAGUCACUGCUUAGCCCAAAGUAAUAUUAUCUUUGAUAAUACUCAACACAUGAAUAUUCAGUCUUCAAGUCUGGAUUUUCCCCUUUAAUUAACUUUCCAAUACUGGAUCCACUAUUGUCUGCAAGCUUGGGUAUUCAAGGGAAUUUAUAGUAGAACAUCUACACUUUGAUACGGAUGACUGCCAAAUAUAUAGGACUAUUUUUUUUCCUUUCUCAAAGCGGUAGUGAAGACUGUAUAUCGGCCUCCUUUACCCAGCACUGAAUAUUUAAUAGCACUGGGUGCUUACCAUGAAGAAAAAUGUGGAAACUUUCUCCAAAAGGUGUCAGAACUGAUUCAAAGCACUUCCAACUGAUGUUACUGGCAUCCAUUUUAUUCUUGAUAUUUGUAAUUUCAGAUAAAUUUUUAAUAGUUCUCUCCAGUUUUAUAAGCUUUAAUGAUGACACUCUUACUUUAGAUUUAUCCACAAGAAAACAGUGCUCUUCAUAAUGAAGACUUUGGAAAAGAAAGCCCACCUUUAACACCUUUACUUAAACACAACGGAGCCUGAAAAUUAAUAGUAUCAAUCAAUGAGCUGAAAGAAAUAAAAGCCAAUUAUUUUAAUCUGGCAGAAAAAUUAAACCAUAACGUUUAUUAUUUAGAAGAUAACAGUUGCCAUAACAUUAUUUUUUAAUAUCAUAAGGAACAGGGACUUUAAGAUACGAAUAUGGGAAACCAGUCUUUUAUCAUUAGCUCAUGUAUUUGAUGAAGAGCAGCUGUCUUUUUAUAUGUUUUUGAAAAUCAUAUUGUAAUUCUUUUGUACAAAAAGAAGUAGUAAUUGUAUUCUAGGAGAAAUAUUGAAUGCUUUAUUUAUAAGCGGGCUGAGGCUUCUUUUUCCCACUAUUGUGUUUUGUUUUGGUCUUUUUUUUUUUAAUGAAAGGGGAUCAUCUCUUCAGUUGCAGCAAUUGGAAAGUUUUUGACAGAUUAUUUUGUGGACCAAUAAUUCAGGAAAUGCAAAGGCAGGGGUAAAGCAGGGCUUCAGGCUCCUCCUCGCUGCGUAAGUAAGCAAGGCCCACCUCAUAAAGACAAGUUGCAUUUUGCAAAUCUUUGUCAGCACACGGUAUCCAUUCCUUGGCCCCAGUAAUCUCAGGACUUGUUUUAAAGUAAAUUUUACAAAAUGAAAAGUGCAGAGAGCCAAUAAAUUUCCAUAUGUAACUGUUACCUAGAAAUAAUUGCUGUUGGGUGAUGCAUAGAACAACAUGGAAUUUUGUUUUGUUUUGUUUUUAUGUGGUCCAUGUUUUUGAAUUUUCUACUUGGUGUUUUUUGGGGGGAGAAUUCUACCACUCCAGUACAAUUCCAGUGAGAAGGCUGUCCAGCAUGUUCCAUUCAGAGGAAGAGUCAUUUAUGUCAUCUCUAAAGCUGAAUAAGAAUUUUUGAAAAGCAAUGCCUAUUUUUUCCACACAAGGAAAUAAUUGCGACCUUCCUGUUUUUAUAGUAUAAAGCACAGAAUGGACAACCUUUGAAAUCAUGUAAUACUAGUUUAAAUUUAAAUUGUUCUGUUUUAACUUGCUUGUUUGGACUUUUGUUUUCUGCUACACUGUAAAUAUUUGGGGGGUGUAUAAUGUGAUUUCAUUUUGUUUUUCAUUUUGCCCUUGUCCCAGUAAAAUUCUAGAUGUGAGCAUCUUCCCCUAAAAAGCACCGGUAUGUUACAUUCUGAUGUCAUGAUCCCACUAUGUGUUACCUUUUAAUCCUGUUUUUCAUUCUUUUCACAUGUACAGCAGUAUUUUUAAUAAAGAAUUCCAGAAAUAAUAUGGCUUCUUUGAGCAAGCAAAGAUAUGGGUUCUACUUCUUAUAUUAAUGAUUAUUUUCUUUCAAUAUUACAUACACCACUGUGGAGAUUGACUACACAUCACACUCUUUGAAAAGAUACAUUGCCUAUUUGAAGUACAGAAGUUCAUUGGAAAAUAAAAACGUGAAAUGUUUGCCCAUGUUCAAGUAGUAGAAUAUACAGCUUAUAUCAACUGAGUGGAGACUUCAGAGUAAUCAAAGCUCUUCUGAAAAAUUAUUUUAAUUUCCUAUUGUUCAAAUUCUCUUGUCACCUUUAACAAAAACGUUGAUAGUUAUUCAAAACAUUAUAAUUGAGUUUUAUGAAAUUUUCUAUUACUUGAAGUGUUAUUUGCAAAAAUAAAGAUGGUGAAGGCCUCUGUACCUGCA